AUGGACACCCGCCGGCAUAAGCAGUCCAUGUCCGAGCUCAAGCUGCGCCGCCUGAUGGAGCACAACCAGCGGCUUCGGGAGGACCUCGCGCGCCCGCGGAUACGGGUCAGCGAGGCCAGCGCCAGUCUGAUCCGGUACUGCAAGACGACGAAGGACCACCUCGUCCCGAGCGUGUGGGGGCCCGUGGGCAAGCACGAGGACCCGUACGCCCCGCAAAACGGGGGCAAGUGCUGUGUCAUACAGUGA